AUGGCAAGCUCAACGAAAUCCAUCUCCGCCGCUGAUGUCCAAUCACAUACCACGCGCAAUGACUGCUGGAUUGUCGUCGAGGGAAAAGUGUACGACAUGACUAGAUUCGCGCCAGAGCACCCAGGUGGAGCAGACAUCAUAUAUGCAUAUGCUGGUAGAGAUGCCACCGAGGCUUAUUCGGAGGUCCACGAACCAAAUCUCAUCAAGACCAACCUCUUGCCUCAAGAGCAAAUCGGGGACCUCGACCCAGGGACAAGGCUUCCAGACGUGCCGCCUGGUCAAGGCCUGACAGCAAGUCCAAAAAAAGGAGGUAAGCCAUCACUGGACACCUUCAUCAACAUAUACGACUUCGAAGAUGCGGCAAAGAAAUCUCUCUCAGAGAAGAGCUGGACUUUUAUCUCGGGGGCCUCGAACGACAACAUCACUCGAGACGCAAAUCACGAUCUAUUCAGAAAACUAUGGUUCAGGCCUCGGAUAUUGAGGAACGUCUCGACGGUAUCUACGAGAGGGACAAUGAUGGGUUGCCAAGUGUCGCUUCCCAUAUGGAUUGCACCGGCCGGGGUUGGCAAGACAGCUGGGCCAGAGGGUGAGCUGGCGCUGAGCAAGGGCGCUGCAGCCACCGGAAUUAUACAGACGAUAUCGACGACGGCAUCAUUCCCAUUACUUGAGAUCCUCGAUGCUGCGGGCAAGGACUACCCCUUCUUCUUCCAAUUAUAUAUCAACAAAGACAGAUCAAAGACCGAAGAACUUCUCAAAGUUAUCAACAGCCGGCCGCAGAUCAAAGCUCUCUUUGUCACCGUCGACCUCCCCGUUGUGUCAAAGAGAGAAGCAGACGAACGAAUAAAGAUCGACACGUUGUAUUCCGGUGGUAUCGGAGGCGCUGCUCCUGGGAGCGACCACAAGGGCUCGGGCCUCGCCAGGAGCGUGGGAUCAUUCAUUGACCCCGGUUUCUGCUGGGACGACCUUGCCUGGUUGCGUCGACAAACAAAUCUGCCGAUUGUCCUCAAGGGUAUUCAAUCAGCAGUUGAUGCUAGAAUCGCCAUGCACAUGGGCUGUCAAGGGAUCGUGGUGAGCAAUCACGGAGGUCGGGCUCUGGACGGUGCUCCGGCUUCCAUUCUCGUGUUGUUGGAGCUCCAUAGAGAGUGUGCUGAGGUAUUCGAUCACAUGGAGGUGUUCAUUGACGGAGGGUUCAGGAGAGGAUCGGACAUUCUCAAAGCAAUCUGUCUUGGGGCAAGUGGCGUCGGUCUAGGCAGACCUUUCAUGUAUGCCAUCAACUACGGCAAAGAAGGCGUGAUCCAUGCUGUCAACAUUCUGAAAGAUGAAGUCGAGACGGCCAUGCGUUUAGCGGGCCUCAAAUCUCUGGACGAAGCCGACCCAGCACUGAUCAAUACCGCGGAGUUGGAUCCUCUCGUCCCUCGCGGAUCAUUACAUCCUUAUGCACGCAGACGUGAAGGCCCGAGAAGACAGUACCGUCUGUGA